CUGAGAAGGGCCUUACACAAGGCCCCAAAAGCACUGGCGCUGUGCAUGUCCAAGCUGUGGGGCUGCCUGGAAAAUCAGCAGCUGCAGACAUGGAAGCUGGCUGCUCGCCAGGGACUCCAGAAGAGCGCAGACAGCCAGAUCAGACUACAGCAGAAGAGCAAAUGGGAGUGGGGAGAGGCGGUGCAGAGGGGGAAUGCGCGGCAGCUUCCCGGGCGGAGGAAGCUGCCGCGGAAGCUUCGCCGGCAGCUGCCGCGGCGGGCUCGGGCGCCCCAUGCGGGGCGUCCCUGAGACAGCGUGCAUGUCAGGAACGGACCGGUGAUGCAAGCGCGUCUGCAACGCAAAGUGGUCAACCGGUGGGUUGUGAUCAUCGAGCGGAGUGCUGCGGGCCCGGGCAAGGGCAGCGGCAUGAGUCGCGGGGCGUGCCAUGUCCUGCUUCAAGCAGCGGUCCUGGCUGCCCGAGAGAACCUGCCGGGCAGCAGACGUCUGCCCGGCAAGGGUGUUUGCAUCAUCAAGGGGUGCGAAGCUCCGCCACGAGCGAGGGUGAUCAAGGGUUGAUCAGAGUGGGCCAAGGGGGAUGCGCGCGAAUAGGCAGCAGGAGCAGCUUCAUGGUGUGUUCUGAGGGGAGUUCAAUAUCCCUGGGCAGGCCGCAACGCAGCAGAUCUUCUGUCAUCUUUGCAGGAGCGGAGAGUGGGGGCGGCGCG